AUGCAUCGAAAAGGAGGUAAAGAUUGGGAGUCUGUACAAUUACACUCGCGACAAUUAUUUGAUCGAACGGUUACCAACAUCAGAAAUUAUUUACGUCAGAGACGAAUUCUAUUGGAACCUUAUUUUAAAGUGUUUGACAAAAAUAAUCAUGGACACAUACCGAGAUCUACUUUUCGCCGGGCAUUGUCCACCGCUGACAUACAAUGUUCGGAUGAAGAGCUUCGCUUACUAGAAAAACGGUUUAUGAACGUUGACGGGUUUAAUUAUUUGGAAUUUUUAGUGAUGAUAAAAGAUCUACAAGAGGAAGAUAUUGAACCUGAAUCUAAGGAAAAAUCGAGCACUGAUGAAGAUACUAAAAAUACAGAACAAAUAUCGUCAAAUCUAAAAAAGCUCACACUCGCUUCGCUGAUAUCCAAGAUACAAAUAAUAGUGAAAAGAGGACGUAUCAAAGUUGAUCAGUUUUUAAGACAGUUUGAUACGACAAAUCACAGGAUUAUAGCUGCAGAUAAUUUUCUGCGAGGAAUUGCCAUGUCGGGCAUUCGUCUUGAAUCGGCUGAACUAAAUUUAUUAUGCGACGAAUUUUCGUCCAAAGAAAAUCCGGGUUAUGUGGAUUACCGACGGUUUUGCAACAUUAUUGAGGAGGCGUUCACCACGUUGGGGUUGGAACAAAAUCCGUCGGCUAAUCCUAAAGAAUAUCUGAUAACGUACGAAGGGCCUAGUAAUUAUCUGACAGAGGAACAAAAAAUUUCCGUGGAUUCAGCACUAUCUAAAUUGUGCAGUACGCCCAACAACGGCUUAGACGAUUUGUUCAAGGACUACGACAAGUACCGACAAGGUAUCGUGACCGAAGAAGCGUUUUUAGGCGCCCUUACCGUAUCCAAACUUAACAUGCUUAUAUCGCUGUUCGAGAUUAAGUCCUUAAUCAAAGGUUUCAGCAAAGAAGACUAUCCACAGGCCUUUAACUACCGCGCCUUCAUGAAAGCCAUCGAGUACAAGCAAAAAGUGUUGGCCGAAUCCAACAGUAACCAAUAA